UAUGGAGUCAUGGGCGGGGUGGUUUGUUCUUCUGUGUUGCCAUAUGUUGUUGUUUCACUUCUCAAUCUCUCAUUCCUUAUGUCAUCCUCACGAUAAAAUUGCCUUGCUCCAAUUCAAAACCUCUCUCACUUCUUCUUUUGAGUCAGCAGAUAUCUCUCCCACUUAUGAUGAUGCCACUUAUGCUUAUAGCAAUUAUGCUGAAUGCAGUGAUGUAGAUCCAAAGACAACAACAUGGGAAAAUGAGACAGAUUGUUGUUCAUGGGUUGGUGUUACUUGCCACUCCAUCUCUGGUCGUGUCAUAGGUCUUGAUGUCUCAUGCAGUGGCCUUUCCGCGGAAAUCCUUCCGAACAGUACUUUUUUCCAUCUUUCUCAUCUUCAGUCACUUAAUCUUGCUUUCAAUUAUUUCUUCAACUUUCCACUUUCAUCUCUCUUUGGUGGCUUUGCGAGUCUCACACACCUCGAUUUGUCUACUUGUGACUUUUACGGUGAAAUUCCCUCUCAAAUCUCACAACUUUCCAAAUUAGAAUCACUCGAUCUCUCUGAUAAUUACAUGUUAACCUGGAAAGAAAGCAGUUGGAAGAAGUUCCUACAAAAUGCAACAAUUUUAAGAGAGCUUAUUUUGGAUAAUGUAGAUAUGACUUCAAGUUCAAUGAGGUCUCUCAAUAGGUCUACUUCUUUGGUUAGUCUUAGUCUCCGUGGCACUGGAGUCUGGGGAAACUUGAAAAAUGGCAUCUUAUGUUUACCAAAACUUCAACAGUUACACUUGUCAUCUGUUCAUCUCGGCCCUGGUUGCAAACAGCUUCCGAACUUGAGUUGUAGUGCUGCUUCUCUUACUGUAUUGGAUCUUCCAAUGAAUCUGUUUGAGGGGCCAAUCCCUGCCUUUUUCUCCAACUUCACCUAUCUUACUUCUCUCGAUCUCUCACUAAACAGAUAUCUCAAUGGUUCAAUCCCAUCCUCACUUUUAACCCUUCCACAUUUAACUUUUUUAGAUCUUCGAUUCAAUCAAUUCAGUGGCCAAAUCCCAAAUGUCUUUCCCCAGUCAAAUAAAUUUCAAGAAUUAGAUUUGAAUCAUAACAACAUAGGAGGUGAGCUACCAUCAACACUUUCAAAUCUUCAACAUCUCAUUCUCUUGGAUCUUUCAGUGAAUAAAUUGAGCAGUAAAAUUCCAUUGUCAAUUCUAAAUCUUCAAUAUCUCGUUUUCUUAGAUCUUUCACAUAAUAGAUUGCAGGGUCCUCUGCCCAACAAAAUAACAAGUCUUUCAAACCUAACUCGGUUAUACUUCAAUGACAACUUCCUAAAUGAAACGAUUCCUGCUUGGUGUUUAUCUUUACCAUCUUUGCUAGAACUAGAUCUAUCAAAUAAUCAGUUCACAGGACAUUUAAGUCCAAUCGUGUCACAGUCCUUCGAGUUUCUGUAUUUGUGCAACAACAAGCUACAGGGCAAUAUUCCACAAUCAAUCUUCACUCUUGUAAAUCUAGGCCAAUUAUGCUUAUCAUCAAACAACUUAAGUGGUUUUGACAACGUCAAUUAUAGUUUCCCUAGGUUAGAGAGAUUGUAUUUAUCUUCUUUAGGUUUGUCUGAAUUUCCAAAAUUGUCAGGAAAAGUCCCAAUGUUGACAGAACUUGAUCUAUCCAACAACAAAUUGAAAGGAACAGUGCCAAAGUGGUUACAUGAAAUGGGUUCAUUAAAAUUUUUGAACCUAUCCCAAAACUUGUUGACAACUCCAAUGAACCCAUUUUCAAGGAACUACAACCUCCAAUUCCUUGAUCUCAGUUUCAAUUUACUCACUGACAAUGUGUCUUCCUCAAUUUGUAAUAUAAGUUUACUUGAAGUUCUCCUCUUAUCUCACAAUAAGUUGGUAGGCAUCAUUCCACCAUGCCUUGCAAACUUAUCAGCCCUUUAUAUUUUGGAUCUACAAAGGAACAAACUAAAUGGCACAUUACCAAGUAACUUCUCAAUGACUAGUUGUCUCAGUGUUUUGAAUCUCAAUGACAACCAGUUGGAAGGUAUUUUGCCACAAUCUUUGUCCAAUUGCACACAAUUGGAGAUCUUGAAUCUUGCCAACAAUCAAAUUGAGGACAAAUUUCCUGACUGGCUUCAAACUCUACCGAUGUUGACAGUAUUGGUAUUGCGUGCCAACAAAUUGUACGGUCCCAUUCCAAGUUUAAAGAUGAAACAAGGAUUUUCAAGUUUACAAAUUUUUGAUAUCUCAUCCAACUGCUUCAAUGGUUCAAUACCAAAAUCCUACAUACAAAAUUUUCAAGUCAUGAAGAAUGUUAUUCAUUAUAAAGAGGACGAGCUAUACAUGCAACCUUACAGUAGUAACAGAUCUGUGACUGAAUUUGCAACCAUAACAACAAAAGCCAUAAGUAUGACAUUCAAAAAGGUUCCAAAAAACUUUAUAACCAUUGAUUUAUCCAGGAACAGAUUUGAAGGAGAGAUUCCAUGUGUAAUUGGAGAGCUUCAUGCUCUUAAAGGACUCAACUUGUCUCAUAACAGACUUAGUGGUCCUAUUCCCAAAUCCAUUGGAAAUUUGACAAACUUGGAAUCAUUGGAUCUCUCCUCAAAUGUUCUCAUUGGUAGGAUACCCACAGAAUUAACCAAUUUAAACUUUCUUGAAGUCCUGGAUCUUUCCUAUAACCAUCUUGUUGGAGAAAUACCGCAUGGAGAACAGUUCAACACUUUUUCAAAUAACUCUUACAUUGGAAACUCAGGACUAUGUGGGUUCCCAUUGUCAAUGAACUGCAACAACACUGAACAACAAUUUCCAUUUUCUCCGAGCUUCUGGGGAGAAGAAAGAUUUGGAUUUGGAUGGGAAGCGGUUGCUAUAGGAUAUGGAUGUGGAAUAAUAUUUGGAAUUGGCUUAGGGUUUAUUGUAUUGUUGAUUGGAAAGCCUGAAUGGCUUGUGAGAAUGGUUGGAGGUGGUCUCAAUAAACAAUGAGAAAUUGAAACGUUACGAAAACUUUAUUUGGAUCCAUUUGUGGAAU